ACAUGUCUGCAUGGAGGACAGUAGGAUGCUUGAACAAAGGUAACACUAACUAUUAGGACCUAACUCUUAAUAACAGACUGUCAGUGAAAUGUAUGGACUCGUCUUUUAAGGAUUAAAGGACUCCUCAGGCCGCUGAGCUGACCUUCUCUAGGACAUUCUUUGUGCAGUGGACAUACUUCCACCUUUAUUAAGAUGUGGGUUUUCAGUUUUGCACAUCAGCACAAGCUGCUACUUGUUUGGAGAUUGCGUACACCUGCAUCAGUCUUAGGAGUUUGCUCUCAGGUUGCAUCUUAUCAUUUCUCACCUACCCUGCGUUACCCAGAGGACAGAAGCGUCCACCCUGCAGCCAGGAGACGCCUCAAUGUCCAACACAAGCCUGUAGAAGGGCUGCAGGGCCGUAAGAGGGCUGCUCAGAACAAAGCCCUGAAAAAUGAGAUGUUGCAGAAGUGGAAUCAGCAGAGGGGAGAUGACAACAGAGUGUCAUCUGAACUCAGGAAGCUGUGUCUGGAAGAUUUCCCUGCAGACAGGGAGAGGCAGUGGAGACAGAAGUCAGCGCCGGACUCCAAAGCUGAGGAAUCUGAGAUAGUUUUUGGCGUUGCUCCCUGCCUGCUGGCGCUCACUCAGGGCAGACGGAAGGCCUGGAAGCUGUUUGUAAAAGAAGGUGAGGCCUCUCGCAGGGCAUCUGUGGUAAGCGUGUGUGAGGAGGCUCAUCUGAGAGGAGUGCAAAUUCAUCGGGUCAGCAAGAGGGAUCUGGACAAGAUGUCUGCUGGAGGAGUGCAUCAAGGGGUGUGUCUGCAGGCCAGUCCUCUGCGUUAUCUCACUGAGGACUCUGCACUCGAAAGAAAAGACUCUGGCCUUCCUCUGUGGCUCGUCCUGGAGAGAAUUCAGGACCCGAUGAACCUCGGUGCCAUCCUUCGCUCUGCUUACUUCCUGGGUGUGGACAGAGUCGCCAGCAUUGUUGGCCACAGCUGCCCACUGUCUCCGGUGGUCAGCAAGGCCAGCUCUGGUGUCAUGGAGGUAAUCGAGGUGUACGGGUAUGAAAACCUUGGAGAUAUGUUGAAGUUGAAGGCGGCGCAGGGCUGGCAGGUGGUUGGAACAGUGGGGACUGAAGCAGAGGACAAGUCCCGGGUUCCUGUCACCAAGUGUUCUGACUUUCAGAUGACCAAACCCACGCUGUUGCUGAUGGGAGGUGAAGGGGAAGGACUGUCCCAGGAGCUGCUGUCUCUGUGCCAAACUCUCCUCACCAUCCCUGCUGGUAGAGAUCUGACUCCCGGCAUCGAGUCCCUGAAUGUCUCUGUGGCUACAGGCAUCCUGCUGCACUCUUUGCUGCACUCCAGGAGGCCGGCCAGAUGAUGACACCAAAGAUAUCUGCUUCACCAAAGACUCAAGAGAACUGAGGAUUAGCCAUAACAUGAAGAAGAACAGCAUAGAUUUCAUUUGAAUAUUGAAGGGGACACAUUACAUUGAGGGGCCUUCUGCUUUCUGGUGAAUCUUUGUGCACCAGUUUGUGUCAUUUCUGCAUCAAUUUACAGUAGAAAUGUCUUUAUUUAUGUAAAGGAAUGCAUAAAAUGCAGGCUCCAGGUGGCAAUUCAAAAUAAAAUGCAACAUAUAUGGAUUCAAAUGUAUUUUUUUUUUACAAUUGAUUCAGUGGUUGUUGGAGCUCAUAUUUCAUAUUUUGAAGGUAAAAAAAAAAAAAGAUCUAGCACUUAAGAAAAACAAC